AUGUCGUUGAGAGGCACCAAGCGGGCGACUGGAGUGCGCAGUGAGGAGGCGGGCACUUCCAAACGCCGCAGGACGGAGCCUGAGGAUGCACUCUGGCAGCUCCGGCCUGUCAGUGACCUCAAGAUGUCAUCAAUAUAUAAUAGAAGUGCCUCUGAGGCACCUGCAGAACUAUUCAGAAAAGAUCUCAUCAGCGCCAUGAAAUUACCUGACUCGGAACCCUUGACACCAAGCGAGUACUGGGUCAUCACAGAUACCUGGAAGCAGGAUUGGGAGAGAGGGGUACAGGUGCCUGUCAAUCCCGAUUCACUACCUGCACCAAAGGUCAAAGUGAUUGAUAAUCCUUUGCCUCCAGAUUUUCAAGAAUUUAAGUUGCCUAAGGACAAAUAUAUCCAUUUGUCCCGUGAUGCGCAUUACCAGGCUGACAAGCAUCAUCUCAGCACAACACCUGCUCGUGCAGAAGCUGCAUGUAGCUAUGAUCUGGAUGCUACAGACACAGCAUGGCUCAAGUUGCUGAAUGCAGAACGUGCCAGAGCUGGUGCUCCUGCUGUGACUGAGGACCAAUUAGAGAAAGUCAUUGAAGAUUUAGAGGUCCGAACUUGGGACAAAAUCCAAGCUAUUAUGAAGUCUGAAGAAGGCUUAGGCAUCGAGUACGACGAAAACGUAAUCUGCGACGUCUGUCGAUCACCAGAUUCAGAGGAUGGAAAUGAGAUGGUAUUCUGCGACUCAUGUAACAUUUGUGUUCACCAGGCGUGUUAUGGCAUUACUGUCAUUCCAGAUGGUACGUAUGGUCAUGGUCAAUGGCUGUGUAGGCCUUGUGGAGUAGGUGUAAGACCAACUUGUGCCUUAUGCCCUAACCUUGGUGGAGCCAUGAAGUGUACGCCGAAUGGUCAUAAGUGGGCACAUGUUAGCUGCGUGCUCUGGAUCCCAGAAGUAUCUAUUGGUUGUGCUGAAAAAAUGGAACCUAUAACAAAAAUAUCCUCUAUACCACCCUCACGCUGGUCGUUAGUGUGUGUUUUGUGUCGGGAACGAAAGGGAGCAUGUAUACAGUGUUCUGUAAAGACUUGCAAGAUUGCUUAUCAUGUUACGUGCGCAUUUAAACAUGGACUUGAAAUGCGUGCAAUCAUUGAAGACGAAAAUGCUGAUGAUGGUGUUAAAUUACGAUCGUAUUGUCAGAAGCAUAGUGUAAAUUCAAAGAAAGAGAAAUGUCCGGGAUCGGGCUCCGAGGAGGAAGAAGUCAAAAGGAAACGUCGAAAAGAUAUGACAUCAGAGGAAAAAACGCAGGCUCGAGCUGCUCGGUUACAGGAGAUUGAACGAGAGUUUGAUCGUCAUGUUAGUAUCAAAGAUAUAAGCUCCCAUCUUCUAGAUGUCGAUCAAGACGCUAUCAAUUACAUCUACAAUUACUGGAAAUUAAAGAGACGUGCAGGGCAUAACCGUCCUUUGCUGCCACCUAAAUCAGAUGACAAUGAGCUUUUGUCUCAUCGACAAGAACAAGCUGAUCUUGAUAAAAUGAAAAUGUUUGUGCAAUUGAGACAAGAUUUGGAACGAGUUCGUAACUUAUGUUACAUGGUGAGCAGGAGAGAAAAGCUAUCUCGCUCAUUCUUUCGUAUGCGAGAACAAACAUUUCAUAAACAAGUUGCUGUUUUGUCGGCUGACCCAGCAAUCUCUGGGCCAGAUUUGGCAGCUAUUAUAGAAGCUAAUCAUGGGCCGUCCAUUUACGACAGAUUAUAUUCACAUCCAAAUGCGCCUGAUCAUAAAAAUGAUUUUGAUGAUUUGCUUGCGCGAAUUGCGCCUCAAGAUUCAAGUGAUGAAAAGAAAAAGGAUCGAAACGGCCUUGUUAAAGGAUCCAAAGUACCAAAUCCAUAUAAGAAACAUUAUGUAAAUGGUUCAAGAAGAAGUGGGAGUAUGUUUAGUGGGCUAUCAAGUGAAGAUAGCUCAGCCGAAAUUAGCCGGUCAACUAAAUAUAGGGGAAGAGCUAUUGGCUCUAGUACAGAUGAGGAUGCUAAGAAAGCGAUUUCCUCACCAAAGAAAAAGAUUUCACCUAAAGCAAAGGGUAAGAGGUCGCCAAAGAAACCAGAAAGGAAAAAGAAGAAAUUACCACAAUCUAAAGCCGUUGUUGAGAGUAGUAGUGAAGAUGAGACAUUUAAAUCAAGAAUAAAGAAAGAUAGGUCACAAAGUAAAACAUUGCAACAGAUGGAAAAAGAAAUGGAUGCAGGAAAGAGUGGUCAUUCUGGUACAGACAGUGAUGAACUUAUGCCUAUAAGGUCAACGAGAAACAGUAAAUUUCCUGUUGAUAUUUAUUCAGAUAGUAGUGAAGAAGUCAUUGCUGUUAAAACUGAUCUCAAAUCUGAGAAGAUAGAGAAAGUGAAACCAGAAAAAAUUAAAUCUGAAAGAAACAAACCAGAAGCUUCACCAAGUGGAAAUGAUUCACAGCAGCCAUUACCCAGAACUAAAGCAGCUAUGAAGGAGUUUAUACCCACCCACCCAGAGAAAAAAUCUGUACCUGUGGAGGAAAAACCAACUCCCAAAAAGAGGGGUCGAAAACCUUCUAAUAAAGAGAAGAAAACACCUGUAAAAAGUAAUGAUUCUGAUGAUGAAGCUAAAAAUAAAGAAAAUAUUAAGUUUUCGAAACAAAAAGAUAACCCAUCAGAUUUAAUUGUACCACAAAGACAGGCUGCUAAAAAAGCUUCAGAAAAUAUGCGUUCUACUGCUAUUGUUAAAAAAGAGGAAACAAGUGCAGAAAAACAUAUUAGUGGAGAUGAUUCAAAAUCUAAACCAAAACUCAAAGCAAAAGGAAAAGAAGUUAAAGAUAUUCCUGCUAAAGUUGGCAGAAAGAAAUCAUCAAAAGACACUGAAAAGGAACCAAUAGCUUAUGUCCCUCAAAGACAAGCAGCUAAAAAAGCUGCUGCUCACAUUAAAAGUGGAUUAGGCAGUAAGCUGCCCGUAGUUGAAACAACAGGCACAGACAAAAAGAAAGAAAAUGAAAAAUCUGAAACUCUGAAAAUGUCACCAAAGAAAGAUGAUACAAAAAGCUCCAAAAUAUCUCAGAAAGACAGUUCAAGCUGUUCCUCAAAUUCCAGCAGCAGUAGCUAUACCUCUUCUUCUAGCUCAGAUGAAGAGCCGGAGAAACCUGGCCUUAAACCUACUGCUAAAGCCCGUGAAAUUAAACCAAUUUCUAGACAACCCUCUAUGUUUUCACCUCCAGGCUCUAGACCAACAGUGGACUUGCCCUUUCUUGACAAGGUGUCAAGACCGUUGUCUUCAACUAGUGCCUCGAGUGAUUCUGACAGCAUUAAGGAAUCAAGAUUUUCCGGUUCUGGAAGCCCCUCUCCGAAAAGGCCACGUAGGCCUAGAAGAGGAAAAAGUAUUUCCAAUGAUGCGUCCCCACGCAAGGCCCCUGACAAGAAGCUUAAAACUUCCGAACGGGGGUCCGAGUGUAGGGUACCAUCACCGACUGUUGAAGGAGAGGAAUCAAGCAGAUCCAACGACACGCGUGCUGCCACACGUUCUCGGACCAGAAGCAUUACUGCAAGCGGAAAUAUGUCUAAUAAGUUUGAUACCCGACAGAGAAAAUCAUCUAAAGACGACAUCGGUCAUGCCUCGGCAUCAAAUAAGACUCCCAAAGAGACCAGCCAGUCCUGUGAAUUUCCAACUACGGAGCGGCAAAAGGACGCGGAGAUAAAGCAAGAAAUUAAAGAUGAAACUUGUACUUCUAUUGAAAUGGUUAAAAAUGAUAUUAAAACAACAUCCACUAACAUUAUUCCACAUAGUAUAUCAGUUGAAGACAAAGAAAAAAUAAUACCACUUCCUAAUGAAACUUUGGCUACUACAAAAACAGUCAGUCCUAAGAAAAGUGUUGAUACUAAACAGAAAAAUAUUGUCAGCAGGCGGAUGAGUGUAAAAGAUUUUCCUUCUAAAGAACCCACGCAUGUAUUUAAUGAUUCUACAGAGACAUUCCCAAAAGAGAAGCUAACCAGCAGUAGUGAUUCACAAAACAUGGCUGUUGUAGAUCAUUCCUCUCUAUCUCCUAUUAAAAAAGUGAAUGUUGAGCCACCACCAGCAAUUGAUAUAAUAGAAAAGAAAAUGCCAUCUGUAAUUUCUGACAAUUUUGAAGGCAAUGAUAAACAUUGGUUACCAAAAGCUCCAAGUCCUAAUGUACAUCCUCCCCCAGUUGAAAAACCUGGUGGUCAUGAAAAAUAUAUGACUGAAGAUAAAUCAUUAGACUCUGACUGUGCUGAUAAGAGCAGUAUCAAAAUGAUAGCCAAAAUCCAAGCAAAUCUUAAUGAAAAUACUAUGAUUAAAUCUCCUAAGACUCCAAUGGACGCAAGGACUAUUACUGUGGAUCCUAUAGAAGAAAAUCCAAUGCCGAGAAGUAUGAGAAAACAUUCAGCUCUAGACACAGAAAAGAAGUUUAUUAAUCAAGAUGCUAGCCAUGUUCAAGGAGUUGAAAUAUCUAAGAGUGCAAAAAUACCAUCAGCUGUAAACCCCUUUCCUAAUAGAUCAAUGUUUUCGCCACAAUCAAAAGAUAACGAACUGUUUGAAUUUGACAUCCUUGUUGAGGAUGAUGGAUUUAACCACGAGGAUAUGAUGAAACCUUUUACUACUUAUCCUGAAUUCCUAUUUAAGGAAGAUUCAAAAGAACAAGGUGUUCAGGAAACUCUUAAUCUUGUUGAUAGACUUAGAAUGCAAUUAAGCUCUAAAAAAGCACCACCAGAGAAUUCAGCACAAAAUGAGACAAUUACUAUAAACGACGACAAAAACACAGAAGGAGUUGUUGAAAAUAAGAACAUUCCAAAUACUGGUAAAGACCAUGACAUUUUAUUACUAAAAAAAUCUACUCCUGCGGAAACACAAAAUAUGAGAUCACCUCAUAAUGAAAUUAUUGAUGUUAAUCAUAAACCAUGUCCUGUUGAGCUUUCUUUAACAACGCGAGAGGUUGCAGUAGAUGAAAAAGUUGAGGAACCUGAACAUGUAAAUAUCAAAGAAAAAUGGUCUGAUUUGCCUGUACCAGUGAUGCAUAAUGAGCUUCAACUAGAGCCAACCAUUGAAAGAAAGUAUAGCCAUACAAUGCCAUACAAUGAAGAUAUUAAAGAAUCAAUUCCAAUUCAGUCAGAUGUUCAAUCUGUAUUGGAAGUAGGAGAUACUAUCUCUUUGUCAAAACAAAGUGAUGAUUCUCAAUCUUUGUCUGUUAUUGACCACUCUGUACAUAGCAAUGAUCAGGAAUUGACACAAGAUAAUCAAAACUAUGACAACAAUAAUUCUUUGAUACAUUCUGAUUGUGCUACUAUAUCAUCGCCAUAUGUUAGUCAUGAUUCAAAAUGGAGGGAGAGUAAAAUAACUACUAGAAGGUCAUCUGAUUCAAGUUCUAAUUCUGAAGGAUCUGUUUGUUCUCGGAAAGCCGACUUAAAGACUCGUUUAAAUAGCUGUGAUUCACAUCCAGGAACUAUGAUGUCAGAUAUAGACCAAUACGGGCCUCUACCAGCAUAUUCUUGUCCAGUAGAACCUUCAAUGCCUCUUAACCAGUACAGCAACUAUCCUCCGGAUGCUUCCCCUUUUUUAAAUUCGAUGGGGUCACUGCCAUUAUUCGCAGCUGGCGCUUGUGCUUCUUCCCAGUUGCCACUUCCAUCGCCAGGACCUGGUUUAUAUGCUCAAGGACUGUCUUACUCUACUACACCUUUAAUACAACCAUUGCCAAAACCUCAUUUUCCUUUGUGUGCAGCAUUUACUACAUCAUCACAAAAUAUAGCAUUAACAACUGCAAUGAUUGCUCCUCCAACACCCAAACCAAUUGAUUCACCCAGAGAUGACAUUGAUGUUACAGGUAGUGAUAAAUUCUCUAUUCAUGUAUCUAGUCCAAGUAUUAGUGUUGAUUCUUACAAUGAAACAAGUAAUACAAGACCGGCAACGAAGAUGUCGAAUGAUAGCAACGAAACAAUGUCAAGCUUACAUCCACAGGAAUCCAAAUCACCACCAAAAGCUGUGAAAACUACACCUAAGUUUUCAUCAAAAUCUCCUGGUAAAAGCCCUGGUAUAUCUCCCAAACAAUGCGAUGUCCCGAAGGGAACUAAGCGUCCAAGUAAUAGGAGUAAUAGAAGUCAAAGAGGCCGUGGUAGAUCAAAGAGCCGUGGUCAAGGUAUACAUGGUUUUCCACCUGUAGAUUUUAUGGGCAAUUCAAUUCAAAGUAAAUUGGUUGGAACAGUGUACGAUUUUGAUGAAGAAUUGGCAAAUGAUGGUGUUGAUUUGAAAGCCCUUAGGGAAAGACGAAAGUCUAUUGACAUAAGAGAUGAUAGAAAAUCAGAACAUUCCUACAAAGAUACAUCUCAAUCACCACGGGUCCUUAGCCCGCAGCAAAUUAAGAAGCAAAUACCAGAAGUGAAAGAAGCUAAGGCACCAUCACCUGAACCUCAGGGAUCUCCUGAAUCUCCCUCAAGCAAAAGCAAUUCUGAAAGAACACCUGGAUUUGCACAAGUCCAACCUGUCUUACCGGGACCUGUUGACAUGCGGACAUAUCAACCUUUCGAUGCUCCAGUGCCUCCAGCUGGUGAUGGAUUCCACAGUCAUUUAUUGGCUUUCGCUAGUGGUACUGCUGAUCAGCAAUUAGGAGAAAUAGAUGAAGAAGUUGAAAAACAACUGCAUAGUGCCCUCAGAGGAAGUAAACCAAGACCUGGUACACCUUUAGCUGGCCCUGUCCCUGAUAUUAAUGAAUCAACGAAAGAAACGCCACAAUUACCAAAGGUUUCAUUGAGUGAUUCUAGGAAUCAGCUAAAAGUAAAAAUAAAGGGACCAUUUUUGGAUGCCAACUAUUCUGCUAGUUCUGUACAACCUGUGGCUCCACAGCCACCGGCACCUGUGCAUGACUCAAAUACCGGUGUUCUUAGUAACACCACUAGUGGUCCAGCGUCGUCUAUGAUGAGCGGAUCUACCAAUUUACGGCGCAUGCGUAAAAAAGAAUUAUUGCGGCAGUAUUGGACACAGGAUAUGAAUAUGGACGACCCCACUAAUACAUCAACAACUGGAGUCCCACCUCCUCCAGCUGCACCUCAGCCCUUGCCUCGUGCAGUUAUUACUAUACCAAAAGCAGUUGCAUCUAUGACUAGUAUUCCAACAAGAGAGGACUACAAAAUUACUGACACACCAGUCGAAAAGAAAAAACGAAAAGUUUCUGGUGUAAAUAGAGAAUUAAGACAUUUGGAAGUAACAAUGAACGAUGAUAUUGAGCCAUCAGAAGAUAUGAAAGUGUCAAGUUACAAUAGUAACACAAAUCAAACGCAUAAGAGGCGCGGUCGCAUCUCUACAAAACCGAGCAGAUCCAGCGCGACGUCUCCGGUUGCUCCAAAAUUAAAAAUAAAAAUUGGAGCAAAUGUUGUACAGCAAGUGAAUGAUGAACCUUCUGGUUUCCAAUUUCGACCUCCGAAAAAGCGCCUAACUAGUAUUCCUAAGCCCAGUUUGGAAGACUUACGCCGUGAAAGUAUGAAGUAUCGGCGUAUGGUCAUGGCAGAUUUCGAAGAAAACGAAAAGACGAAGAAGUUCAAGCCUAAUAAAAGUGAAAAACGUAAGAAAAAGAAGGACAAAAAGUUAGAAAAAGAGAAACUACAAGUGAUAAACAGUGAAAGUGAUAGUGCUACUAAGUUAAUUAUAAAAAUAAAACGCAAAAAAGAGGAGGAGGGAAGAGCGGGGUCGCAAAGGGGAAGUGGGGUGGCGGGAACAAGUGCAACAGUGGCAGCGACGGCCGCGGCACCAGAGCCGCCGGUCGAUCCUUUUGAGUACGAUCCCACUGCGCCCGAUCCUUUGGCUAUCGACCCGCCUUUCAGUUCUGACGCCUCUUCCGGAAUGCGUAAGAUACGGACCGCUAAAGUGACGCCUAUUCGGUUAAAAUUGGCAAGGAGUUCUCAGGGUUCGGGAUAUGUGAUGAAAGACGCCUGUGAGCAGGGCUCCAGCGCUGCAGAGUCCACAUCCUCAGAGACGGCUGCCGCCAGCUCCUCUACCCUACCAGUUACUGUUAAUAAACACUGUGAAGUGAGGUGA